AUGAAACUGAAGUCAGUGUAUUUUUUGGGAGGAUCUGCAGCAGAAGUUGAUGAAUUCAAUACCCGUUUAUCACCAACAAUACCCGCCGGCGCAGGAAGAUUUUCUCCGCCGUCGGGUGCAGCGGCAAAAUGCGACGGCGACGCUCAUAAAUGUCCAUGGUGGCCGUAUACAAAUUCCAAGGAUUUCAAAGCGAAUACUGCCCUGAUACUAAUCGUGCUUAUCGUUGCUUUAAUCUGUGCAUUAGCUUUCAAUGCUGCUAUUCGGUAUAUCAUACGCGUGAACUGCAGCCGGCGCCGGCGCAAUUCUUUGCAAUUGCCUGAGGAUCACGGCGAUGUGGGACUGGCGCAGCCAAAGACGGUUCUCAGCUCUGAUAAGACAGAGAUGGAGGAAAUCACGGCCGAGGUGUAUUUGGCGGGGAUGAAGCUGGCGGGGGAAGAAGCGGAGUGUACAAUCUGCUUAUCGGAAUUUGCAGAUGGAGAGAGAAUUAGGGUUUUGGAGAAGUGCGGCCAUGGCUUCCAUUUGCAGUGUAUACAACAAUGGCUAGUUGCACAUACCUCUUGUCCCACGUGCAGAGCGAGUUGUACUCUUUGA